AUGGGCCUCGCCCAGGUUCUACAUGAUUUCGCUAACUGGUCAACUGUCUGUGGUGUACCCCACAUCGCCAAUGCCAGGACCAGGGCAUGGCGAAUUUUCUGGUCGGUGGUUUUCAUUUGUAUGUUCAGUAUGUUCGUUUAUCAACUUUAUACGAUGAUCGUCAAAUUCAUAUCGUUUCCCAGUAAUGUCAACACCGAGAUCUUCUUUAAAGAGCAGGCUUUCCCUGUGGUUACGGUGUGCAACUCAAAUCCGUACAAAUUCUCAGCAAUAUUGAAUCAAAGCAACAAUCUCGACACUAUUAAGCACCUUAUGGAUGUCUAUGUUGGAGCUUCUAGCAAAUCGUUGACUGCAAGCGACGAAUACGGACUAUAUGCGAGAAACGAAUACCCAACCCCUCAGCUCUGCCAAUGCUAUCACCUAAAUCGGCCAUCAGUGAAAAAGUUUUUUUCUAGUUUUCUUAAAAAGUUGCAGAACUUAUUUUCAAAGAGGCUGAAGAAGUACUGUAGCCACUUAUUUCAGGAGCUCAUGAAUACUGACUAUGAAAAAGAGCAACGUGCUUGGGAUGCACUGGCACUGGAAGCAGCACAACUGGGCGAAGAAAUGCUCAAUCCGGCCCUUUACACUUUUGGAGAACUCAUUACGGACUGUACUUUUUCGGGAAAGAAAUGCUCAGCGGCUGACUUCACCCGGAUUUUCGACCCGAUCUAUGGCGCCUGUUAUUCCUUCAAUGAAGAUUCCACUCUCAGUUAUUCCACAAGCAGAGCAGGCAUGAAAUUCGGAUUGAAACUACUCAUCACAGUCAGCCAACAAACAACGUCUAUGGUGAAAGAUUUUCUACCGACGACGAAGAUGGCCGGAGCGAGGGUUGCUAUCCAUCCUAGAGGUGUACAUGCAGCCCUUGACAACAAUGGAAUCAACGUCGGAGUAGGCUACCAAACUGCCAUUUCACUUGUCUCGACGAGAACCCAACGACUGAAAGAGCCAUAUGGGAAAUGUGUAGACACCGAACCGGCCGCCACCAACCUCUACAAGGCGAUGGACUGUUGGUAUGGCGUCUCCGGCGCUGCACCGCCUAACAUUUAUAGAGUGAUAUUAGUAUCAGACUCAGAUGGAGUUCUUUCAGUGGAUUGCUUGACGUCACUUCGUGGAGAUCAGGCAUCGACAUCACCGAAUAUCUCUCCACUGCAAGAUUGUUCUUGCGGUCCGCCAUGCUCUGAGACGUCGUACCUCACCACCGCUAGUAUCUCGAAAUUUCCUGCGGAAGAUUACUUCGUCGCUACUGAUCCUACACAAGGAGUGGUUAGUAGCUGGUUUUGGGGAGAAUACAGUAUGGACAUCUUCAAUUCUUUCCAGGAUCCACGUAGGUGUCGGGAAUGGUACGCAAAGAAUGCACUUCUCUUGCAGGUGUUCUUUGAGACCUUAAAAUACGAAUCCUACACGGAAGUACCAAGCUAUGGGAUUUCUCCUGCUCUGAACGAUCUUGGUGGCCAGGCUGGUUUGUGGCUGGGAUUAUCAGUGAUUUCUGUAAUUGAGGACAUUGGAGAGGUGAAGAAGGAACUCGACCACGCCGAUAGACAUGAUAAAGCAAUGUACGAAGAGGAUGACGAUAUCGAUAUUGAAGAUGAAAUCAACGAUAAUAACAAUGAAAAGAAGGCGGAGUGA